AUGACUACACCUCUUCCCCCGUUUCCUCCCAAGGGAGGGUUUAUUGGUGCCGUGAAUGAGUCUUCUCGUGCACUCCGACAGCGAGCAGGCAUUGAGAUCAAUCACAAAAAAAUCAAGCUCCUGCUCACGUCAGGAUAUUUCACGAGCACAUAUGCACGAUUACGCGAGUCACACGGGAUGGCGAUGCCACUGAAGUUCCCCUCCCUGCUUGCGGAACUCAACCUCCUCUCCAUCCUCAGUCUGCUCAACUUUGGAUCCGGUUACCGUGUCCCGCUGCACGUUGCGACAGGCCGCGGUGCGUUCGAUAACAUCAGGGCGCUGGUAUUGGGAUUGUAUAUCUCCUCGUCCACCGGCACUGGGGAAGGGAACUACCUCUCCGCUACGGGAAUGCGAGAUAUCAAGGAGCACACGAUUGCAGACUUGAUGGGGGUGACAGAUGCCUUGCAUGUUGAGCACGCUCAUGAAAGUGUUCCUGCCGUCACCGUUGGAGAGCUGGGAGGACCCAUUUGGGAACUAGUGAAACUGUUGACGCAGGCGCUCAACGAGACUGGGACUGUGCUCGUCAAUUCUGGUUAUCCGGAUCUUGGAAGCUUCGUCCUGGAAGCGUUGAAUGAAGGCGACAAGCUGAAGAAUAGCGCCGAAAGCGUCAACCACGAGUGUGAUGUCAUACUGGAGCGGUUUGUACGUGCGAUUCCAGCGUUCCGAGACAUGGCAGUGGUGAACGGCCAGCCCGUAUAUUGUUUCAAGAAGGCGCUCCUGGCAAUCCAUGCCAUCGCUCUGCGAUUUGGCUCGGCAGAGUCAUUAUCAGAAAUCCCGAUCCCGCGCACUUCAGAACUCCCUGUAUUCGUCGACAAUGUCAUCCCAUCUAUCCUCGUUCACCUCGGCAUAAUCAACCUCGAGGACUCAACACCUUCUCUGGGCUUGCGCGAUCUCUUCCCUCGCGGGCAGGACGACUCAACCAUUAGGGCACUCUUGAGCGAGGUACCCGCUGCCCCUCCUGCAGACACCAGAACGACCAAAGAUCAGGAGGUGCCGAAGGAAGGGCCGGUGCUCACAUCAGUGCAAGCGUUCGCCCUGCGUGCAGCCGCGAUAGAUGCUAGUCAAGCCAUCAUUGCAACUGCGCGUGAUCUCAACGCGAACGAGGAGUCGUACAUUCUGAAGCAGAUCACUCUGCCAGAGCUGGAUGCGUGGCUCUGGUCGGCUGCCAAGGACAGACCGGAUUGGAGGAACUUGGAACGGUUUGUUCUCCGAGAUACAGUGUAUUUCUGA